CGAUGUCGUCCUCUCAGGCUCCGGAGGACAGGCAGGGUGACGACGAUACUCCCGGGGACCUCCGCAGCGUCCUGGUUACCAGCGUGCUCAACCUUGAGCCGCUGGACGAGGAUCUCUUCAGAGGAAGGCAUUACUGGGUACCCACCACCCAGCGUCUCUUUGGGGGUCAGAUCGUGGGGCAGGCCCUGGUGGCUGCAGCCAAGUCUGUGAGUGAAGACAUCCAUGUACACUCCUUGCACUGCUACUUUGUCCGGGCAGGGGACCCAAAGGUGCCAGUGCUGUACCAGGUGGAGCGGACACGAACCGGGGCAAGCUUCUCAGUGCGCUCUGUGAAGGCCGUGCAGCAUGGCAAACCCAUCUUCAUCUGCCAGGCCUCCUUCCAGCGACUGCAGCCCAGCCCUGUGCAGCACCAGUUCACCAUGCCCACCGUGCCCCCGCCUGAGGAGCUGCUUGACUGCGAGACCCUCAUUGACCAGUACUUAAGGGACCCUAGCAUCCACAAAAUGUAUCGAGUGGGACUGAACCGAAUUGCUGCCCGGGAGGUGCCCAUUGAGAUCAAGGUCAUAAACCCACCCACCCUGAGCCAGCUGCAGCACCUGGAGCCCAAACAGAUGUUCUGGGUGCGAGCUCGGGGCUAUAUUGGAGAGGGCGACAUGAAGAUGCACUGCUGCGUGGCCGCCUACAUCUCUGACUAUGCCUUCCUGGGCACAGCCCUGCUGCCCCACCAGUGGCAGCACAAUGUGCGCUUCAUGGUCUCCUUGGACCACUCCAUGUGGUUCCACGCCCCCUUCCGAGCCGACCACUGGAUGCUCUACGAGUGUGAGAGCCCCUGGGCUGGUGGCUCCCGAGGGCUGGUACACGGGCGGCUGUGGCGGCAGGAUGGAGUCCUGGCUGUGUCCUGUGCACAGGAGGGGGUGAUCCGAGUGAAGCCCCAGGUCUCCGAGAGCAAGCUCUAGCCAGAGGUACCAGCUUGGCCUGGGGCUUCCAGACUUCCCUUCCACCGCUACUCCUGAAGCAAGCUAUAGAAGAGGGCUGGGCCUUCCACUGCACACACCAAUAAAGAGACCAGUACCACUGGA